AUGUUCUCGAUGCCCUUGCGCCCUCGCUCGAGUGGGGCUCUGGCCAUUCUGUCAUGGACUCUCUCCUUAGUCCUAGGUCCGACAUUGGCGGCCGCCGCCUCAGCAGCGGAUUAUUAUGUCCACGAUCUACCGGGGGCUCCUGAAGGGCCCCUGUUGAAGAUGCACGCUGGACACAUCGAGGUCGACCCGGAAACCAACGGCAACCUCUUCUUCUGGCAUUACGAGAACAGACAUAUUGCAAACAGACAGCGCACAGUGAUCUGGCUGAAUGGUGGGCCUGGAUGCAGUUCCAUGGACGGUGCCUUGAUGGAGGUUGGCCCAUACCGACUCAAGGACGACCACACGUUGGAAUACAACAAGGGUUCGUGGGAUGAGUUCGCCAAUUUGCUUUUUGUUGAUCAGCCCGUUGGGACUGGCUUCAGCUACGCGGAUACAAACAGCUACCUCCACGAGCUGGACGAAAUGGCGGCCCAUUUUAUGAUCUUCUUGGACCGCUUCUUCGAAUUGUUCCCGGAGUAUGAAAGAGACGACAUCUACAUUGCUGGCGAAUCGUACGCAGGCCAACAUAUCCCCUACAUCGCCAAGGCGAUCAAAGAUCGCAACAAGGUGGCCGAGGAGAAUGGGAAACAGAAGUGGCCACUGAAGGGCCUGCUUAUCGGAAAUGGCUGGAUCUCACCGGCACAGUAUCCAUCGUACUUUGAAUUUGCGGAGCGUGAAGGUUUGAUCGAGAAGGGAACGUCAUUUUACCAACAGGUCGAAGCCGCGAACUCUGUCUGCUUGUCCAAGCUGGAAACUCCAGGGAUCAUGAACCACGUCAAUGUUCCCGAGUGCGAAGAGGUGCUGCAAAGCAUGCUCAGAAUCGGACAGUUCGAUGGCACGUGCAUGAACGUGUACGAUGUCCGUUUGACUGACAGCUGGCCUGCAUGUGGCAUGAAUUGGCCUCCAGACCUGACAUUGAUGUCGCCAUACUUACAGCGCCAGGAUGUGGUGAAGGCUUUGAACAUCAAUCCUGCCAAGAUGACUGGCUGGCAGGAAUGCUCCGGUGGCGUGAGCAAGGCCUUCCACGCCUCCAACUCCGAGGCAGCUGGCAAGCUGAUUCCGGGUCUGAUCGAAUCAGGAGUCAACGUGCUUCUUUUCAGCGGUGACAAGGAUAUGAUCUGUAACCACAUUGGUACGGAGACGUACAUCCAUAGCCUGAAAUGGAAGGGUGCCACUGGCUUUGAGACCGCACCGGGCGAGUGGGCUCCGCGCCAUGAUUGGACCUUCGAGGGCGAACCGGCCGGUAUCUAUCAACAUGCCCGAAACCUGACCUAUGUCCUCUUCUACAAUGCCAGCCAUAUGGUUCCCUACGACGCACCUCGUCAGACUCGCGAUAUGCUUGACCGCUUCAUGAAUGUGGACAUCGCUAGUAUCGGUGGGAAGCCGGCUGAUUCGCGUAUCGACGGCGAGAAAUUGCCCCAAACCUCAGUUGGUGGCCACCCCAACAGCACUGCUGCCGAGCAGGAAGAAAAGCAGAAGAUGAAGGAUACCGAGAUGCACGCCUACACCAAGUCCGGUGAGGCCAUCCUGGUGGUGGUCAUCAUUGGUGUCACCGUCUGGGGCUUCUUUAUUUGGCGCAGUCGCCGAACCCACCGGGGUUACCGUGGCGUCCGUCCCCAAGAUAUGGAUAUGCGGGCUGGAUCCGUUCUUGACCGGUUCCAGAACAAGCGUACGAACGAUAUUGAGGCCGGGGACUUUGACGAGUCAGAGCUAGAUGAAUUGCAUCUAACUGGCCUCGAUCGGGAUCAAUACGCGGUCGGCGAUAUCAGCGAUGAGGAGGACCAUGUGAGUCCUCACGCUGGCUCUCAGAAGCCUGCUGUGGAAAACGAUCACCGUGAUUCUUUAUGA